AUGCAGCGGGUCACGGCGCGGCUCGUCGCCGGGCUGCUGGCAGCGGUGCUGUCGCUGCUGACCGAGCAGAGCUGGGCGGACGGCGGGGGCCCGAGCCUCGCAGAGCGGGUCAUCUGGGCUGUUAACGCCGGAGGUGAAGCACACGUGGAUGUGCACGGCAUUCACUUCAAGAAGGACCCGCUGGAAGGGAAAAUUGGUAAAGCAUCUGAUUAUGGGAUGCGUCUGCCAGUACUGCGCUCCAGUCCAGAAGACCAGGUUCUGUACCAGACGGAGCGCUACAAUGAAGACACUUUUGGAUAUGACGUUCCCAUUCGUGAGGAAGGAGACUAUAUACUAGUUAUGAAAUAUGCAGAGGUUUACUUUGCGCAGUCACAGCAGAAGGUGUUUGACGUUCGUCUAAAUGACCAUGUGGUGGUGAAGGACUUGGAUAUCUUUGAUCGAGUGGGUCACAGUACUGCUCACGAUGAGAUCGUACCGUUCUCUAUAAAAAAGGGCAAGCUGAGCGUUCAAGGAGAGGUGUCUACUUUCAACGGCAAGCUCACAGUUGAGUUUGUAAAGGGUUAUUAUGACAACCCCAAGGUCUGUGCGCUCUACGUUAUGAAGGGGACUUUAGAUGACGUACCAAAGCUACAGCCUCACCCUGGUUUGGAGAAGCAAGAAGCAGACGAUGAAGAUGACGAGGAGGACAGUGAAGGAGGGGAGGAAAGUGGGAAGAAAAAGGUCUCCAUGGGGUCCAAGCGGGUCCAGUCAGGCCCCCGAACACCAAACCCGUACGCAGCUGACAACAGCAGCCUCAUGUUUCCUAUCCUCGUUGCAUUUGGGGUGUUCAUCCCCACUCUGUUCUGCCUCUGCCGGCUCUGAGCUGAAACUGACGGUGGGGAAAACAUCAGGAGGCGCGAGAUAAAUGUGGGAUUUUGAAGAGAAAGAGAGGGGGAGGAAGAGGGAGAGAAGGUUAUGGAUACAACAACCGCACUGGUAAAAGCAUACACACAGAAGAGAGCCAAAAGCUUGUGGAAAAUCAGAACAAUGGUGGUCAGAAAGAGACAAAAACCUUUGGAAAAGUCACUGCCAGACGAAGCAAAUACUGCUUUUCUAGGAGGAGAAGGUGUUCUGUACGCUUCUUCAAAAUGUGUUUGGCAUCCGCCUCUUCUGGUCCUUUCCGAGCAACGUUAGUCAUUUCUACAUAGAAGCUGGGCAGGAUUUUCAGGUGCCAGCUUUCAUGGAUGAAGCCACAUUUCUGCAGCUAAGAGAUGCUCAGGAGUGAUUGGUCUGGGCCCAUUUUAUAAACAAAAGGCAUUGUUUUUGUACCGGGUGUAGCAAGGAAGCACACUGUAUGUAACACUCCUGCUCAGCAUCCGGUCAGACGUUUUCCCUUCAGAUUGAAAAUGGUGCUGCUUAGCUUAUUGGUAAUCUGGAAUAAAAAACCAUGAGUGAGAC